AACAAAAAAAAAAGGAAAAAAAACUAACGUGGAAGAUGUGGUAAGUUUACCAAUCCAAUUUAAAACAAUGGCAUCAUCAUCAUCAUCUGCAGCAGCUUUCAGUUUCCCUGGUGCUGGUGGCCUAAUCUCCAGCAGAGACAGAGCAGCAGAAACGAAGUUACUGCAACUAAGACCAUCAGCAAGAGCAAGAAAUGUACAGAAUCGGAUAUCAUCAAAAUCAUUUGAUCCGGUAAAAGCAGCAGCUUCAGGUGGAGUUCCACUCCCGCCAUUGGAUUUGACUGAAGAAAAUAUUGAACUCGUCUUGGCUGAUGCACGCGUUGAGCUUGGUCAGCUUUUUGACACAUCAGUUGGCAUAACAGGCCAAGUUGAACUAUCAGAAUUGGAUGGACCCUUUGUGAAGAUUAGUCUCAAAGGUCGAUUUUGGCACAAACGCUCCACGGUUGUUGCCAGGCUCGGCAAUUAUUUGAAGCAAAGAAUCCCUGAGAUCCUGGAGGUCGAGAUUGAAGAUGAGAAACAAUUAGAUGACAGCCCUGAAAACUUUUGAGAGUCUAUUCUUUCAUAAUAACUUUUUUUUAAUUUUAAUUUAAGCCUUCUUAUUAGUAUUGGCAGUUCA